UUGCCGUUUCCUUCCAAAAAUUUGUCUUAUUCAUCUUCCUCGCUCAGAAAAACAGAUAUCUCUGUGCUUGGAUUCCUUCACUCCAAAAUCGUCGGAGGUUUUUUUUUAUCUCUAGCAGUCGCACUAGUAGAGAGUAAUCGAAAAAUCAUCUUCCCACCAAAAGAAUGGCGAUUUCUUCCAUCUCUGCUUCGUCGGCAAUCACAUCUUCUUUCGGAACCCCUAAUUCCGUCAGCUACCAUUCCUACUCUUCCAAGCUAUCUUCAUUUUCCUCCGCGACACAGCUUCCGUUCCAGCUGAAACCUAACUGGCUCUCCAAUUCACGGAUUUCGUCCCCCGCCGGACCUUCUCGAAUCCUACCUAAGGUUUGCAGAAGAACUCUGCCAUUGCUCUUCUUGCUGUCUGUUUAUGAAAUUGUUGUCUACGCGGAAGCCCUAUUCUCGGAGAGACCCUUCUUCUCCAGUUUCUGCGAAGAAGGAAAGCUUUGCCAACUUGGAUGAGCUGCUGCAGAAGUCAGACAAACCCGUACUGGUCGAUUUCUACGCAACCUGGUGUGGACCGUGUCAAUUCAUGGUGCCAAUUCUGGAGGAAGUGAGCAUCAUCAUGAACGACACAGUCCAGGUGGUGAAAAUCGAUACCGAAAAGUACACCGCCAUUGCUAACCAAUACGACAUCCAGGCAUUGCCCACUUUCAUCCUGUUCAAAGACGGGAAGCCUAUUGAUCGCUUUGAAGGUGCAUUGCCCAGAGACCAACUCAUCCAACGCAUAGAAAGCUCUCUCAGCGUCCAGCAAUCAUAAGCUUCUUUGUCAUCCUUCCAUCCCUUCUUUUUCCCCAUAGAAUGUAGAUCACGAUGAAAGCCAGAAAGACUCUGUAAUUGCUUAUUGAUCGUUACCUAAUGAAACUAUUGGCCUCUUGAAGCUUAGUUUCAGUGUUCAUUCUCAUACUUUUACCAUACGAUGGGAGUUAAAUAAGCUAAAGAAGUAUCGGAUAGAGUCGAGAGACGGAGAGCAAUGGCUGAGAUGGAGAGGAUGUUGAAAUUGGGUGCGACAUAACGCCGGCGAUUUUACUGAUCU